AUGGAGGUUUAUGGUGGUAUGUUUUCAGCAGAUAAAUGCUGGUACAGAUGUAAACUUCUGCAUGUGGUUAGUGAUGAGCAGUGUGCAGUCUGUUAUAUUGACUAUGGAAAUUCAGAAGUUUUAGAUAGAUCCAGCAUUGUUGAACUUCCUGAGGAAUUACAGUCGCCACCUAUUGCUCAAAAACAUCGAUUAUGGGGGCUUCAGCUUCAGUCAGCUUCAGAUAUUGAACAGGGCUUAAAAUUUCUGUCCCAGUUGAUAAGCGACAAGCAGGUGUCUGUGCAGCAAAAGGCGGUUUACAAGGAUGGCACUGUUGUUGUCCAGGUGUCUCAUAAUGAUCUUGACAUAGGAGAAGAAGUUGCUAAAAAGGGCUUUGCUGUGAGAUCUCGACUAAUUAGCUCUCCAAACAGUGCUUUGGGAACAGUGGAUGCCCCAGCACACGAGAUAAAGCUACGAUUCCCAUGGCAAGGACGGAAUUUGGAAAGGCUUCCGAUACGCGAGCCAAAAUCUUUACCUGUGUUUAACCGAUGUAACAGUGACCCAAACAAGGAUAAUAUUGGGAAGAAUAAUUUUCAAGCCCCAAGAUCGUCUUCUAAUGAUAAUAAUGGAAGAGGUGACCAGAGGAGGUUGGAAGAAAACAAUCAGCUAAAGGCUGAGAACAAGCAACUAAAGGAUGAAGGCAUGCAGCUAAAGGAAGAAAACAAACAGCUAAAGGAUGAAGGCAUGCAGAUAAAGGAAGAAAACAAGCUGCUAAAAGACAAAAACAUGCAACUGAAGGAUGAAAGUGCGCAGUUAAAGGAGAAAAAUAAGCAACUAUUGGAUGAAUGUAGGCAAUUGAAAGAAAACAAGGAAAUACUGUCAGACAAAUCGAGAGCUCUAGAACUACAUAUGCAAAAAUUGCAGCUUGACAAUGAGAAUGAGAAAGAAUUCUUUGAAAGAAACAUUCAUGAACUGGAAGUGCGUUUGGCGUCUGCAGCAGGAAGCAAGUUAAAAGCGUUAGCAGCCAAAAUUGAUGCACUCAAAAAUCUUAGGCGUGAAAAUAACAACGUGACUGUUGCUGAUGAUCUUCUGGAAGCGGUUAAGGUUGUUGGUCAGGGACGGUUGUCUGCUCCAUCUUCUUUAAAUAUUUUAGAGGAGUAUUGGAAAGAAUAUAGCGUUUCCCAGGAACUCAUUCGAGAAUGUUCAGAUGUGGUUGAAUUAGACAUGCUUAUUGAUAGAAGAAACAAAGUUAAAGAACAACUAAAUUCAUCCAUCGAUGCCUUUGUGAUUGAGGUUGACCAGUUGCCUUUCGAAUCGAGGCUUGGAAAGCUUCAGGUGCUACUGAAUUCACUUGAAGUUGUGUAUGGAGCAUCUUGUGAUUGUGAGGAUUCGGAUGCUGUUUUCCAGGAGUUUUUUAAUUGGAAACAGUUAAGUUUGGAAAAAUUCAGCAUUGUCAGAAGUGACACUGACAGCUCUCUGGGCCUUCUCUGCAGAUGGAUGUCUGAUGUUGAAAAGGUCUUUGACUUAAAGUCAGACAUCUCAUUAGGCUCUUGUGAUGACGUGUCUGAUAUAGACAAUAUCCUGGAAAAGGUUGAUAAAAGCGUAUCCAAGGAGUUGGAAAUUUCUCUUGUGGAACCAGGGGAAGACGACCGUAACAUAAUUACAAAUGCUUAUUACAGAGUUGUAAAGCUGAUCUAUGAAGAGACGUGCCUCAUCUCUGCCUUGAAGGCCAAAUAUCGGGCUAGUGUUGAAUUCAAAAAGAACAUGUCUGAAUGGAUGAAUAAAAACCCAAAUGUGGAUGACUUACUAAUAGUCAAGAAGAGUAUUAAAAUUUUGAAGGCAGAGCUGAGGUGGAAACUGCAUGUCAGCAGCAGCAUGGAAGAGUCUGAUGAAUACAAUGCAACAGCGCACAGUGAAGUGAAACAUGAAAUUGAAACCAUAAGGAGCAAGAUAUUCUCUGAGAUACAGCGUGAACAAGAAGAAUAUGCAUUAUUAAGCAAUUUGGCCCAGAAGUGGUUUCCUGAGCUACCUCUAAUCUACUCGGAUGUAGGAAUAACCAGCUACAUGCAUUCAGGAGGUCUUCUAUCGGGUAGUAUGGAGCGGGUGCUGUUUGAUGCCGAACCACUGAAGGAACUUAGCAGCAAACGCCCACUGGUAUGCACACAAAUCCAGAACCAAAAAGUUUUACUCAAGGGCUAUUCUGUAGGUGUGGAUACAGAAGAACAAGUAAUUGUGAGGGCGUCAAAAUAUCACAAAGCUUGGUUACAACAGAAAGAGGAAUCUGGGAUUAUGGAACUUCUUUACUUGUUUUUUUGCAAGUUUGAUCCGGUGGUAUACCUGAUGGUUCCCUUUUAUCCUGGCGAAAACUUGGGCUGUAUUCAAGCCAGCAAUAAAUUGAGUUCACACGAGAUUGUGAGAGUGAUGAGAGGGGUUGCACUUGGCUUGCAUACACUACAUGCCUCCAACAUCAUUCUUGGAUCUCUUCAUGAAAAUAAUGUAUUUGCUGUAAAUCGCGAGAGGGGCAUAGUUGGAGACAUUGAUUUCACAAGAGAUGCAGAGCAGCGGAGUUCAGCCACCUCUAUUUGCUUCCCUCUGUUUACUGCUCCUGAAUUAAAAUUGGGGCAACCAGCUUCAGCUUCCUCUGAUGUGUAUGCCUAUGGAGUCCUUUUAUUAUGGCUUUGCACAGGGAGCAAGAAUGUUACUCAUAAUUCUAAUGGAACUCCUGAUCUUAAGAAACUGGACUUGGACUCCAAAGCAGAGGCUCUCCUGUCAUGUCUUGUAUGCUGUGGAGAUCGAAUGCAGACGGAGCAGAUAAAAACACAUGAAUAUGACAUGGGGGUCCAGAGCCGCAGCGGGGCUCUGCAUCCCCGGGAGGCUGACUGGUGA